CCAUUGAAUUCUCCUUUUUCUUUCAAAAUUCAAACGACUCUCCCCCUUCCUUCGAACCCUACUCCCAAACCCACUUUAAUUCCCCAAAUUUUAACUUAAAGAACCCAAAACGGUGAAAUUUGAGGUUGCAGGUUCGGUUUUCUCAAAUGGGCGCCUCUGCGAAAUGGAUUAAGUCCUUAAUCGGGUAUCAAAAGUCCAAUUCCAACAGCUCCGAUCAAGAGAAGGUUGGGGGUAACAAAACCAGGACAUGGAAGCUAUGGAGGAGUCCAUCAGCGGGAAGUUCUUCUGUUUCAUCAUCAAAGGGGAUAAAGGGAGGAGGACGUUUGUCCACUUCUGAUGGUUCUCGUUCUGAAGAUGUUUCAUUUUCUGCUGCCGUCGCUACUGUGGUUCGAGCUCCGCCUAAAGAUUUCAUGUUUGUUAGGAAAGAAUGGGCUGCCAUCCGAAUUCAAUCCGUUUUUCGCUCUUUCUUGGCAAGACAAGCUUUACGUGCACUAAAAGCAUUGGUGAGGCUCCAGGCUAUAGUAAGAGGUCGGCUUGUUAGAAAGCAAGCCGAUGUGACACUUAGGUGCAUGCAAGCUCUUGUUCGAGCCCAAGCUCGUGUUAGAGCUCAAUCUGCUAACACUACACAAGAAUUUCCUACAGCUUUGAGAAACCAUCUUUCUGCUGUCAAGCAAUCUGAGGGUGGGUGGUGUGAUAGUCGAGGAACAGUAGAAGAAGCGAGAGUAAAAGAACAAAUGAAGCAAGAUGGCGCUAAUAAGAGAAAUAGAGCUAAAGCUUAUGCCUUCUAUCAACAGAAACAAAGAGCAAAUUCCAACUCGAAGAGUUCUUCUCCAAGAUCUGGCGUGCAAAACUCUGAAUGGACAUGGCUGAAUGGUUGGAUGGCUGCAAAAUCAUGGGACACCACCAGUUCUUCCAAAAUUUCAUCUCAAAUCAAGAAUUCUGAUGAUCGAAGUGUUAAAUCUUGUUCUGAACAUGAAUCUAUGAAGAUAAAAAAGAAUAUAGUUUCAACUAGGGUUUCUUUGAAGCCGUUUAUGUCAAGUCCACUUACGCAAUCAUCAUCAACGAACCCAUGUUCUGGUUCUGUGUAUGAUGAAAGCACAACAUCAACGAAUUCUUCAUCUUCAACUUCAGAAACUCGAUUGUCGAGUGAAAGCAAACCAAGUUACAUGAGCAUGACUGAAUCGAUCAAAGCUAAAAGGAAAGGGCAAGGGCAAGGGCGUAAUUAUAUCUCAAAUGCAAGUCCACUUUCAAAGGGGGUAGCUGCAAGAAGGAGUGCUGAUUCUGAUCUUUAUUCAUCGGAAUUGGGUAAGGAUUUGUAUCCACCAAUGUUUAUUGAUAGAUACGAUGAAGUGAGGAGUCGAAGGGGUUGAUUGAAAAAGAUUUGGGAUUUUGGCUAAUCUUUUAAAAGUUCAACAGCUUGUUGUGUG